AGUUGAAGUGACAGUUUGGAAACGCGCCCGUUGAUGUAUUUGUGGGCUGGAGUCGCUGCUCCGGCAAAUGAUGCGGCUCUAGCGUUGCAACAAAAGUGUGUGUGAGUGCUUCAUCCCGUCAUGCAGUCGCGCGCGCACCCACGAGGACACCGAAGUGCUCUCGGGUUGGCUGGCCCACUGGGGGGCUCUGGAGGAAGCCGCCACGCUGAAUCUGUGGCUGAUGCUUCCAGAAGAGACAGCCUUGCACCUAUGACGUCCCUAGGGAGUUCCUUGCUGCUGACCUCCCCGGGGCCCAGCAAGCCUUAAAGGGUCACGAGUCUCCUUUCCUGUGCGCAGACUCCUGUGGUCCACCUCAUAUGCACCCCAGCUCCCCCAUCAGCUCCCUCUUCUCCUUCACCAGCCCUGCAGUGAAGAGACUGCUCGGCUGGAAGCAAGGAGAUGAGGAGGAGAAGUGGGCCGAGAAGGCAGUGGACUCUCUAGUGAAGAAACUAAAGAAGAAGAAAGGGGCCAUGGACGAGCUGGAGCGGGCCCUCAGCUCUCCGGGGCAGCCCAGCAAAUGUGUCACGAUCCCUCGGUCCCUAGACGGGCGUCUGCAGGUGUCCCACCGCAAGGGGCUGCCCCACGUUAUCUACUGCCGCGUGUGGCGAUGGCCGGACCUGCAGUCGCACCAUGAGCUGAAGCCCCUGGAGUGCUGUGAGUUCCCAUUUGGCUCCAAGCAGAAAGAGGUGUGCAUCAACCCUUACCACUACUGCCGAGUGGAGACCCCAGUGCUGCCUCCUGUGCUCGUGCCCAGACACAGCGAAUAUAACCCCCAGCUCAGCCUCCUGGCCAAGUUCCGCAGCGCCUCCCUGCACAGCGAGCCGCUCAUGCCACACAAUGCCACCUACCCCGACUCCUUCCAGCAGCCUCCGUGUCCUGCGCUCCCUCUCUCGCCUGGCCACGUGUUCUCCCAGUCCCCAUGCUCAGCCAGCUACCCCCACUCCCCGGGAAGCCCUUCCGAGCCCGAGAGUCCCUAUCAACACUCAGACUUCCGGCCAGUUUGUUACGAGGAGCCCCAGCACUGGUGCUCGGUCGCCUACUAUGAACUGAACAACCGAGUUGGGGAGACGUUCCAGGCCUCCUCCCGAAGUGUGCUCAUAGAUGGAUUCACUGAUCCUUCAAAUAACAGGAACAGGUUCUGCCUAGGACUUCUUUCAAACGUAAACAGAAACUCAACCAUAGAGAAUACUAGAAGACACAUAGGAAAGGGUGUGCACUUGUACUACGUGGGGGGAGAGGUGUACGCCGAGUGCGUGAGUGACAGCAGCAUCUUUGUGCAGAGCCGGAACUGCAACUAUCAGCACGGCUUCCACCCGGCCACGGUCUGCAAGAUCCCCAGCGGCUGCAGCCUCAAGGUCUUCAACAACCAGCUCUUCGCUCAGCUGCUCGCCCAGUCGGUUCACCACGGCUUCGAGGUCGUCUAUGAGCUAACUAAGAUGUGCACUAUCCGCAUGAGUUUCGUUAAGGGCUGGGGAGCUGAAUACCAUCGCCAGGAUGUCACGAGCACCCCGUGCUGGAUUGAGAUUCACCUUCACGGACCCCUGCAGUGGUUGGACAAAGUCCUGACCCAGAUGGGCUCUCCACACAACCCCAUUUCUUCAGUGUCUUAACAUUUGUGUCUUGAGCUUCAUUUCCAUAGGAUAGAUGCUGUCACAAGCGGUCGCUUAUAUCCUUUCAGAUUUGCAACUAGUUGAGGUUUCUAAAUACCUGUGUAAAUACGUAUAAUGGAUACAGUUCAUAUUUUUUAUCACCGUUUGUUUUAUGCUACCUAGUUAACCUGGGGCCAGUACAGAGUGAUUGGAAAGGCAGGAUUUUCAAGCCUCUGCCAUAGUAAGCCUCUUCUUUUGUGGGAGGAAAUGGAUGAAAGGCAAAAGUGUAAAUGGUAGGUGAAGUGGAAGGCGCUCAAGUUUGCAUGUCAUAUCCAGCAUGUGUGGCCAGGCAGAAAUGCAGAAACUGUUCAUAUUGCAAAGCGCAGGUAUUAGUGGCACUAGAGCAAAUCGUACUUUCACACACAAAGCAGCCAAUCUGUACGGUUUAAAUGGUGUCACUUUUAGUGCUAAUGGUGAGGGUUGGGUGGGGUGGAAUUAAGCUUCUCCAAUGAAUUAUGUGAGAUAAACCACAGAAACUUCACUUCUGAAUUUGAAAUGCAUACACUGUGGUUGAACUACUUUGCUAUUAUCAAUGGUACAUUUAAAACAAAUCUAAACUGUGAUUGGAAAACAAACUGUGAAGAGUCACGAUGCCUCAAUUUACCAAUGCAAAAGUGAGUCUUGUAAGGGAAAAUAAUUACAAAAGUAGAAUGAAAUGAGCCAACAGCCCAAAUGAUAAGUUCAGUGCAGAAUUUAGUCUAAUAAUCCCCGAGGAGGCGCCUGCUUUCCACAUUGGAAACCCGGUGCUGUUCCUCUUGGUCGUCUUGUUGGGCAGCCCUGCAGACGGCUGAGUCUAUGCAGAGUGCGCGAACGCUCGCUGUGAGUCCGUGCGGGGAAGAAGUGGAGGGGUAAAAGGGUUGGCCGAGCACCGCACACUCACUCGCACCUUCUCACACUCCUGCAUUCAGGCUCCCGUCAGGGCACCCCCUGUGCCACAUUUUCUUGCCUGUUGGCAAAUAUCAACUUCUUACAGAUUAUUAAAACAGCAACAAAGCCUUUGGGAAAAUCUAGACACAUGGUUGGAUCAAAUGUAUGAAUUAAUUAACUUAGUGUCUGUAUUGGUUAAAUCAUCCACUGGUUCAAUCUGGUAGCUUGCUUUAAAGCUAAAGUCUCCAACAUGGAAAUAACUCCUGAAGUCAAGUAAUAAUAAUUUCAUGCUCCCUAUAAUUUGGGAGAAAAAGUGGUACUGAAUAACAGGGCAUCGUUAAAAAAUGUGUACACUAUUAAAAAGUUGUUCUUUUUUUUUUUGUGGAUGAUAAAGGGAAAUCCCAGAAAUUUCUAGGUGUUUGCCACCCACUAAACCCUACAUUGCUUGAAAAGAUAGGUCACAGUCUCUUAAAAAUGUGUAAUUUGAGAUAGAAGUUACGCUUCUAACAAACUAUUUCAGUCAUCAGUGAGGCUUCUUCAUUUAUAUAUUCUGUCUAGCAUUAGUGCACAUGUAGUUUUUUCUCCUCAAACUAUAUUCAAGUUAGAAAGGAUCAUAUGAAAAAGAUAAAUGAGUGAGCUACUACUGUCACCUCUUGUAAGGACUAGUGUUCUGUAAUAGAAACUUUCUUAUAUAUAAUCGAGAGUACUUCUUACUUUUUACAUUGAAACUAGGCAGCCCACUUAGUGUUUAGAAAAACACAUAGUUUACUGGUUCAUCAGCUAUGUAUUGUCAAGGUACAAUGUUAGGUACUGUGGAAUCGAAAGGAAAUGAGACGGUCGCAGCAUCAUGGAGUAGAGUCGAACAGGGAACCCGGUUUUGUAGACAUCUCCAUGCUUUGCAACUUUGAAAACAAUGUAUGUGAACUUUCUUUUGCUUGCAAAAAUGUCAAUGACUUUUAAGCAUCUCUGUUUUUAAGUUUUAUUUCCCUUCUAUUCUGAGAAACCAGGUAAUGGAUUCCUUAGGUAAAUGCUACUUUUCUUCCGUGUUUCAGAAUUUGUCCCCCCCGCCCCAUAUUUGCUUCCUUGUUUUCUAAUAAUUCCCAUCUCUGCUUUUCUUGGAAAAGUCAUUAAUAUGGUGAGUCUCGUAUGAGUACCAUUGCAUGGGAGUUUCAAAUACACAUAGCUUUUACAACAGAAAACAAAAGCAGCCUGUUGAUCCUCUCCAUAAGCUGUCAAACUCAUCCUCUGGGAAUCUCAUACCUUUAUAGAAUCAGUCAGAAGUAGUGGUUUAUAAAUGACAUGUAAAACAACAGUGACAGUUUUAAAAAACACAUGGAUUUCAAUGCAGCUAUAAAACCAUGAGAAAAUCAUGCAUUGUGCCUGAGUUACUUCUGUGAAAAAUAAAUUAUGAAAUGGCGCGUGUCAUUAUCACCAGUCAUGCCCCACCCAAACCCCUUUCUAGGAUGCCUGUGAAAUUUGGAGACUUUCGAAGUGUCUCCCCGGGUCAUUGUAAAUACCCAUUCUUUUCUCCCAGUAUUGGGCACUGAACCUAAGGGUUCACACAUGCUAGGUGAGUGGUCUGCCACUGAACUUUCCCUCCACCUCGUACGGACACAUCUCAACCAGCUUUUUUUUCUUUUGCUGCUAACAAUUCUCAAAGAUUGUAAUGUAGUAUUUGAUUCCAGAUUUUGAAGUGUAGUCACUUAGCAUUCAUUCCAUGCUGUAGCAAGCCAAAAUCUUGAAUAGCAUCCUUCCACAGCAUGACAAGCAAAGCAGACACGGCGGGCCAUGAAAUGCAUCAGCACCGCUCAUGUGUCUCAGGUUGCCGUGAUGGGAACCAUGGGACAGAGAGCAGCUACUGUUUGGCCCCCUCACAAGACCCAGAACAUUGUUCAUGUUGUUCAAGCCAGUAUUUCUUUUUGAGUAUUAAAAAAAUGAGAUGUGAAAAUUUUGUUUUAGUUAGAUGACGUGUUCAUAGCUGCUAGUGCUUUACAACCAAAAAGAUGUCACUUUUUAAAACCUACUUUUAUGUUUUGUUUUGUUUUAUUUUGUUUUUAUACUCAGUAUACAUCAGGAAAAGUUAGCCAGUUACCUAGCCUUUAGAAUCCCCUUUUUAUUGUUUUCUAAGGUUGUGGCUAUCCCAUGCCAACAGCAAAACAUCAGUAACAAAAAUGUUUCAUAAAUAUCACCUGCGCCUGAAGCUCCUGCUUAACUUUGAAUGCGUCUCAGAUACUUGGUAGGUGUAUUCAAUAAGCAAGUAAGAUAUAACAUGCAUUCCAAAUUGUCUUCCCUAUUGUGAUUUAACGGCUGAACUGUACGAGGUUAGGUGACCCUGCCAUAUGUUAAAGAUAAAUUCAAAUGAAUGUAAAAUACACAAAAAGGAGAAACUAUUUGAGUGAAGUAAUGCUUUUGAUGAUAAUAACCUUGGCUUCAUUCAUCCUUGAAAUGCACACUUCCACUGUAUUAUGAUUGUUUGUAAUAAAGAAUACUGUACCGAGA